AUGGCCCUGCUGCCUCGGGCGCUGAGCGCGAGCCUGCGGCGGGCGGCGCGCGCCUCCACCCGCUUCCCGCUGCUCGCGCCCGCGCCCAUCGGCGCCCCGCACACCCGCGCCCGCGCCAUGGAGUGCAAGCAGGAGCCGCAGCCGCAGUACCCGCCGCCGGCCCCCGGCGACGUGGCCUCCUUCGACUACCUGGUGAUCGGGGGCGGCUCGGGAGGACUGGCCAGCGCGCGCCGGGCGGCGGAGCUGGGCGCCAGGGCCGCGGUAGUGGAGAGCCACAAGCUGGGCGGCACUUGCGUGAAUGUUGGAUGUGUACCCAAAAAGGUAAUGUGGAACACAGCUGUCCACUCUGAAUUUAUGCAUGAUCACGUUGAUUAUGGAUUUCAGAGCUGUGAAGGAAAAUUCAAUUGGCGUGUUAUAAAGGAAAAGCGAGAUGCCUAUGUGAGCCGGCUGAACACCAUCUAUCAAAAUAAUCUAACCAAGUCCCACAUAGAAAUCAUCCAUGGCCAUGCAGCAUUCACAGAUGGUCCCCAGCCCAUGGUUGAGGUCAAUGGGAAAAAAUACACCGCUCCUCACAUCCUGAUCGCCACAGGUGGCAAGCCCUCGCAUCCUGAUGAGAGCCAGAUCCCUGGUGCCAGCCUGGGAAUAACCAGUGAUGGAUUUUUUCAGCUAGAAGAACUGCCUGGCCGCAGUGUCAUCGUGGGUGCAGGCUACAUUGCUGUGGAGAUAGCUGGCAUCCUGUCUGCCCUCGGCUCCAAGACAUCACUCAUGAUACGGCACGAUAAGGUCCUUAGAAAUUUUGAUUCAAUGAUCAGUUCCAACUGCACGGAGGAGCUGCAGAAUGCUGGUGUGGAGGUCCUGAAGUACUCACAGGUCAAGGAAGUUAAAAAGACUUCAUCAGGCUUGGAACUCUGCAUGGUUACUGCAGCUCCUGGUAGAAAACCCACCUUUACCACAAUUCCACAAGUGGACUGCCUUCUCUGGGCCAUUGGGCGGGAUCCAAAUUCCAAAGGCCUGAAUUUAAACAAACUGGGGAUUAAAACUGAUGAGAAAGGUCAUAUCAUUGUAGAUGAAUUCCAGAAUACCAAUGUCAAGGGCAUCUAUGCAGUUGGAGACGUCUGUGGAAAAGCUCUUCUGACUCCAGUUGCAAUAGCUGCUGGCCGAAAACUUGCCCAUAGGCUUUUUGAAUGCAAAGAAGAUUCCAAAUUAAACUAUGACAACAUCCCCACUGUGGUCUUCAGCCACCCUCCUAUUGGGACCGUGGGACUCACAGAAGAUGAGGCUGUUCAUAAAUACGGAAAAGACAAUGUGAAAAUCUACUCCACCACCUUUACCCCAAUGUACCACGCAGUGACCACAAGGAAAACAAAAUGUGUGAUGAAAAUGGUUUGUGCUAACAAAGAAGAAAAGGUGGUUGGGAUCCAUAUGCAGGGAAUUGGGUGUGAUGAAAUGCUGCAGGGCUUUGCUGUGGCAGUAAAAAUGGGAGCAACAAAGGCCGACUUCGACAACACGGUUGCCAUCCAUCCUACCUCUUCAGAAGAACUGGUCACACUCCGUUGAGAACCCAGAGACUUACAUGGCUCUCAGCUGGACCAGUAAACUUCUGAGAUGAACCAAAUGAUCCUCUUUGCUUCCUGUUCCAGUUUUAUAUAUUCCUUUAUUUCAAUCAGGAUCUUCUGACAGUGGAAAUUUUUAGUAAAGAAUGGAACAUAUUUAUGUGAUCAGAAUAUUUUUUUUUGUUAAUGUAGGCUUGAUUUUCAUUUGAUUUAUAUGUCACAAUAAUAAUAUGAAGCACAAUGUAAUAGUAUGAAGCACAAUGAAGUUCAUGUAUGUAUUUGUAUGACUGUAGCUUGCUGGUUUUUUAGAUGGAGUUUCCUGAUCUAGCCAGGCUGGUUUCAGACUCAGUCCUCCUAUCUUGGCUUCCCUCUACCUUCCCACUGGGGCUUAAACUCAGAGCCUUGUGCUCAUUCAGCUCACUCAGCUGGCUUUCUACCAUUUGAGCUAUGACUCUAGGCCGCUUUUUGGUGGUUAAUUGGAGAUCGAGUGUUGAGGACUUUUAUACCUUAGCUGAGUUGAAUAUUGAUCCUUCAGGUCUCAGACUCCUUAGUAACUAGGAUUACAGGAGAAAGCCAUUGAUUGUUGCCUGUGUAUGUCCUGGUGUCUUGAGUAUUGGAAUUAGUCAUGAACCUACACCCCCAGCCCAGCCUGCUAGUUUUUCAAGUUGAAAAUGAUGGAAGCUCUUGAUACAUAAAUAUUUUAAUGCACAUUCUUUUUUUUUUGUUAUGUUUUUUGAAGCCAGCAAUGUGCUUUGCGUAUUGCAAAUCUGUUUCAAGGAUGUGACCUUUCUCUAAUUGCCCAGUUAUAUUCUUUCUUUUGUUUUCAGUGACUUUAAUGAUUGUUAUUUUUUAAAAUUAUUUUUAUGAGAUAAAGUACAUCAAACUUAGGAAAGACUUGAGGCCAGUUCAGUAAGAGUCCCACUUUCAGGAGGUAGACUCAACCAUUUCUGAAGUCUGUUUCUCUGCUAAGAGUUUAUAGUUCAAUGAAUACUUUUAAUACUU